AUGGCGCUGGGCGGCAUUAUCGUAGCUGGGCUGCUAGUCGCCCUGUUGUUCUAUCAAGCCAUACAUUCUCUCUACCUUGUCUAUUUUCACCCUCUAGCUUCAUACCCAGGUCCAGGCUUGGCCCGCUUCACAAACUACUGGCGGCUCAGGUCAUUCUUAAAGGGCAAUCAACAUCUAGUGGAUCUGGGACUUCAUGCUCGAUACGGCAAGUUCGUUCGGGAUGGGCCUAAUAGCUUGCUUGUAUCAGACUUGGAUGCUUUCAAGUCCAUAUAUGGUUUCACGGGCAAGCUCAACAAGGGCGAUUUCUACGCGGUAACGUCGAAUGGAACACCAGAACACCCGAAUCUCUUCGCAGCAAGAACAGAGGCACAGCAUAGAGCAGUCAGGAAAAGACUUGCCCCGACAGCGUUUGCGCCAAAGCACCUCGCUCAGUAUGAAGCUUCGGUGGCAGACAACGUGUUCACUUUUUCGGAAAGCCUGAAACAACUCGUCAAAGCUUAUGGGCAUAUGCUGAACAUAGCACCAAUCUGUGAGAGGUUGGUCUUCGAUGCUCUGAUUGAGGCCACUUAUGGAAGUUCCAUGAGUCUACUGCCAGAACAAGACCCAGCUGGUAUUAUCCAGUCCAAAAAGAAAGGAUUCCCGGUUACGUUCGGCAUCAGCCAUAUUCCGUGGCUCUCUCGACUUGUCUCAUUGCCUUCGAUAAGUCCUUUCCUCCGAAGGCCCAAGUAUGACAAGCAUGGCAGCCCCAAAGGGUUAUCUGCUGCCGGUGUGUGGACUCGCAAGAUUAUGGCUGAUGCAGCGAAUGGCGAGGCCCAUUUGAAUCCAUGUAUUUUGAAGAACCUGCUUGAAAUAGCCCCGAGCGAUAACCGCAGAAUGAGAUUGGAAGCCAUCCGUUACGAGUGUUUCAGUUCCACCGCAGCAGCCCUUAUAGCAGUAUUGUAUGAGAUCGGUCGUCAUCCAGAAUGGCAGUCCAGACUACGUUCGGACUUGGAGCGACUUCCACCUACAGAGUAUCUCUCCACAGUUCACUUGUCCCAAUCGGAAAGUCUGCAAGCAGUCAUGAAGGAAUCCUUAAGGCUUCAUCCUCCAUUCGUGGGUCCUUUUGAACGUGUUAUCGUGCCCCAGCAGGAAGAUACUGUUGCAAACGUGAAGCCUUUGCCAGCCGGCACACGAAUCUGGUCCAGUUUGUUCGUGAUGUGCCGAUCAGAGCAGGUAUUUGGGGACAAGAUUAACGAAUUCCGACCUGAACGUUGGAUGGAGCGUGAGCCAGAUAUGCUCAAGGGCAUGGAUGACAUGUUCUGCGUGUUUGGCAGAGGAAGCCGAAGAUGCAUAGGGCAAGAUCUGGCAUGGAUGACCCUACAGAAAACUGUGGCCGCGGUGGUGCGAACAUGGGAUUUGCAGUGUGGAGAGGAAGCCCUAAAAGGCAAAGCGCACCUUGAGAUGGAGUACGACGAGUUACGGGUUACCCUCGCACCCAUAGCAUAG